CGCGAUAAAGAGAUAGAGAAGAUAGAAAGAGAGUGCCGCGAGAGAGAAACGGGUUGAAAAUGGGUUGUUUCAGACUUAUUUUUGACCCGCAGCAUAAAAUAGAGGACCCAAAUCCACCAAGUAGUGGGCAGGGUUUGGGCGGGUUGAUGGAGUAGUACUUACCAACCCUAGAAAAAAAACCACCAUUCCUUUCUUCGUCAGCUUGCUGUCUUAAACCCUAUUAUUAAACUGCAAAACCCUAGAGCUGAAACACUGUGACUUCCCAUCUCUCCUUAUCUAUCUAUCUAUCAAUAACAAAAUCGAAAAGAAUGGGAAUAUUUGAACCGUUUCGGGCUAUUGGAUACAUAACAAGCAGUGUUCCUUUCUCUGUUCAGAGAUUGGGAACCGAGACCUUCGUCACUGUCAGUAUCGGCAAAUCUUGGCAGAUUUACAGUUGUGCGAAGCUCAAUUUGGUGCUUGUUGGUCCUCAACUGCCGAAGAAGAUACGAGCUCUUGCUUCCUAUCGUGACUAUACUUUUGCUGCAUUUGGGACUAAUAUUGCAGUUUUUAAGCGUGCUCAUCAGGUGGCAACUUGGAGCAGACAUAAUGCUAAGGUCAACCUGUUGCUUCUGUUUGGAGAACACAUCCUAAGUGUGGAUGCUGAUGGCAAUAUCUUCAUUUGGGCCUUUAAAGGAACUGAAGAAAAUAUUGCUCCAACUGGACACAUUUUGCUAGAAGACAAAUUUGGUCCUAGCUGUAUAAUGCAUCCAGAUACAUACUUAAACAAGGUUAUUCUUGGGAGUCAGGAUGGUUCUCUGCAACUUUGGAAUGUUAGCACAAAGAAAAAACUUUAUGAAUUUAAAGGCUGGGAAUCAUCUAUAUGCUGUUGUGUUUCGUCACCAGCACUGGAUGUUGUUGCGGUUGGCUGUGCUGAUGGAAAGAUUCAUGUUCACAAUAUUCGUUAUGAUGAGGAGAUAGUUACAUUUACACAUUCUACUCGAGGUGCUGUGACUGCCUUGUCUUUCAGCACUGAUGGACAGCCCCUUUUAGCAUCCGGUGGUUCAUCUGGUGUCAUAAGCAUUUGGAAUCUUGAGAAAAGGAGGCUUCAGUCAAUCAUCAGAGAGGCUCAUGAUACAUCCAUAAUUUCACUGCACUUCUUUGCCAAUGAGCCUGUGCUAAUGAGUUCAUCUACAGACAACUCAAUAAAAAUGUGGAUUUUUGACACAAGUGAUGGGGAUCCUCGUUUGCUACGAUUUCGAAGUGGGCAUAGUGCUCCUCCACUUUGCAUAAGGUUCUAUGCCAAUGGGAGACACAUUCUAUCUGCUGGCCAAGAUCGGGCCUUUCGCCUUUUCUCUAUCAUUCAGGAUCAGCAAAGUAGAGAGCUUUCUCAGCGUCAUGUGUCCAAAAGAGCGAAAAAACUCAAGCUGAAGGAAGAAGAGAUAAAAUUGAAACCUGUUAUUGCGUUUGAUGUCGCUGAAAUUAGGGAGCGUGAUUGGUGCAACGUGGUUACCUGUCACAUGGAUACUGCACAAGCAUAUGUGUGGAGGCUUCAAAAUUUUGUUCUUGGUGAGCAUAUCCUGAAACCAUGCCCAGAAAAUCAAACACCAGUUAAGGCCUGCACCAUUAGCGCCUGUGGCAAUUUUGCUGUUCUAGGGACAGCGGGUGGUUGGAUAGAGCGUUUUAAUCUUCAGUCAGGAAUCAGCCGAGGCAGUUACGUGGACAGUUCGGAAAGCAGAAGCUGUGCCCAUGAUGGAGAGGUGGUUGGCAUUGCAUGUGAUUCCACAAAUACCUUAAUGAUAAGUGCAGGAUAUCACGGGGAUAUAAAGGUUUGGGAUUUCAAGGGACGUGAGCUAAAAUCCAGAUUGGAUGUUGGUUGUUGGUUGGGCAAGAUAGUUUAUCAUCGUUCUAAUGGACUUCUGGCUACCGUGGCAGAUGACUUAGUUAUCCGUUUGUUUGACGUUGUGGCUCUAAGAAUGGUUCGUCAAUUCGAAGGUCAUACUGACCGUAUCACAGAUGCGUGCUUCAGUGAGGACGGCAAAUGGCUUUUGUCAUCUAGCAUGGAUGGGAGCCUUAGAAUAUGGGAUGUUAUCUUAGCCAGACAAAUAGACGCUAUUCAUGUUGAUGUGUCUAUAACUGCAUUGUCUCUGUCACCCAAUAUGGAUGUUUUAGCAACAACACACGUUGAUCAAAAUGGGGUCUACCUGUGGGUUAAUCAGGCAAUGUUUUCUGGAGUUUCGACUGUUGAUUCCUAUGGAAGUGGAAAGGAAAUUGUGAGCGUUAAGUUGCCAUCUGUCUCUUCAAUAGAAGGUUCUCAAGAUAAUGAUUCCGAUAAGCCCAUUGUGAACCACCCACAUUCCAAAGACACUUCUCUCACUCCACAUUUAGUUCAGCAAAUCCCAGAUCUGGUGACACUCUCACUAUUGCCUAAGAGCCAGUGGCAAAGCUUGAUCAAUUUAGACCUUAUCAAGGCCCGCAACAAACCAAUAGAACCCCCAAAAAAACCCGAAAAGGGGCCUUUCUUCUUGCCAUCAAUUCCAUCGCUUUCUGGAGAAAUAUUAUUUAAACCUAUCGAGUCAGUUAAUGAAGAGAAGGAUACACAAGGUAAUGAACUUGAAAAAGGUAGAAGAAAGGCUGAUUCUCUGGCAUCUCGAUUUUUGCAACUUCUUCAGUCCUCUUCAGAUCUAAAAAACUUCUCGGCAUUCACUGAUUAUUUGAAAAGCUUAUCUUCUUCGACUUUGGAUAUGGAACUCAGAAUGCUUCAGAUUAUAGAUGAUGAUAAUGAUGAUGGUGAUGAUGAGCAAGAAGCCAAUAAGAGACCUGAGUUGCACUUUAUUGAACUGCUACUGGAUUAUUUUAUUCACGAGAUUUCAUGCAGAAACAAUUUCGAGUUUAUACAAGCUAUAGUAAGACUGUUUCUGAAGAUUCAUGGUGAAACAGUUCGGCGCCAGUCAAAUUUACAGGAUAAGGCACGAAAACUUCUUGAAAUUCAGUCUGCAGUAUGGCAAAAAGUAGAUAGGUCGUUCCAAAGUGCCAGAUGCAUGGUUGCAUUUCUUAGUAAUUCACAGUUUUAAUGAUCAUUGAUUAUCAGUUCUUGUAUGUUAAUUAUUUAUGUUCAGUUUUUAUUACUUGCAUUAAAUUUUGCCAUAUUGUUUGCUUGUCUUUUUGACUGAAGUUAUGGCCUUAAAUAGAGCAUAAUGAAAACAUGAGAUUCAUGUAGACAAGGCCUUGGCGGUGGUGGAUGUUGUUGUAUCGUUUGCUGGUCUUUUUGAACAUCUAAAUUAGUUGUCCCAGCAAACCUCACAGAAUGUUGGCACUGCAAAUGAUGAAAUUAUAUCAUAGAGUUUUUAUUUUUUUUGUAA